AGUAAUACCAUGCCUUAUUAUAUUUAUAUUGACAGUUACAAUUACUUUCUGCUUUUUCCCAUAUGAGAUCAUGACAGUCUGAAGAUGCAGGCAAGGCACUACAAAACCUUGAGCAACAUGUACAAGAAGUCCAAUGCAAAACCCAACCAAAGCGAUGUUGCUCAGAUUUUGGACCUUGAAUUUGAGGCCAGGCGAGCUUUCAUUAAUUCAGAUGUUACAAGGGAAGAAGACCGACCCACAAAAGUCUUUGAGGCAUACCCAUGCUUCAAAGACAUUCAAAAUGUUAUGGGUGAACUGUGUCGCAUUGUUGGUGGCUCCAACCGCAAAUUUAUAGAGGAAAUGAAGGGUAGAUGGGCAGAGUUUUGUUCUAAGGUGCAGUUCUAUGGUGUGUGGAAGAAAAUCUUGAAACCUCCUCUUCCCUUGGAUGUGCAUGGAGUGGAAUUCACUAUUGCCCUCUUCGAUGCUCUUCCAUCACUUUUUCCUUCCCCAACUACACCACCAAAGCGGCUGGGAAAUGCCAGUGAGGCUCUCCUUCAUAUCCUUAAGCCCGGUGAAGAUGCUAUGUUAUACCUGCAGAAGCGGCCCCUCUCCUCCCCGGUGCUGCUUUUUGAUGGAACAUCCACCAUUGUUGCUGUGGGAAACGUACCAGUGAGCACUCUUCCAUUGGAGGAAUUUUGGGAAGGAAUGUUGGUGUUAAUGGCAUAUUACUACACUUUGCACUUAACAUACCCAAAAUGUGUUGCAACGCUCCUCUCUGUCAUACAAACUGAGGUUAUCUGUGAUACCAUCCAUAAUCAAGAUGCCACUAGCACAUAUAAAAGAGCAAUAGCUGAAUGGAAGUCCUUCUUUGGAAAAUAGGUGAAUGUGCAGCGUUUUAUCAGGUCA